AUGUAUGUGAAAUGGUUUGAUACAGUAAUGUUUUACUAUGUGAUUUUAGUGUAUUUAGUGAAUGUCCCCGUACGUCCCGAUGUCGCAGGGGACGGAACCCAAUGACAGAUGCCGGCAUCGGCCGGAGGACAUUGCCGGGGACACUGCAGGAGGGACAUCGUGGGAGCGCAGGACAAGGUAAGUGAAGAAGAGAUCCCGGAGCAACGCUGCAAGGUAUUCCUGAGUGUAGCUCGGGGUUACCGCUUGUGCUACACUCGGGAAUACCGCCAGGGAGGU